AUGAUAAAUUUUAUGACAAAAACACAAGAUGUCAAUUUCAAGUUGGAAAAAUUUGAUGACUCUAUUUUACUUGAUUCAAUUAAUAGAUUAGUGUAUGGAACAAAAGCCGAAAAGCUAUUCAAGCAGGGAUAAAAGAAGCAUUCAAGAAUAUUUUUCUUACUUGAUGAUGAUUAUAGGUUUCUUUAGUGGAUAUCACCAUAAAAAAACUACACAAAAUCUAGGAUAUAUCUUAAUGAUAUAAAAGACAUAAGCCGUGAAAUUCAUUACAAAGUCAAAAAUAAAAAUGAUCAACAUUUUUUAAGGAUUUAAACUCAUAAUUAUGAGCUUGUUAUUUAGUUUUUCAAUGAGAAAGAAAGAGAUUAAUUCUAGUGUGGUUUGCAACAUUUUUUAAUCAAAGCUUAGCACCAUGAAUUUUUGGAAAAGAGAUAAGACUAAGUAAAGCAUCUAGCUAAUAUUUUAUUUAUUAGUGCAGAUAAAGAUGGUAAUAAAUAGUUAGAUUUAGAAGAAGUAAAGAAAUUACUUUAAGAACUUCAUGUAAGCGUGAACAAGAAGUAUCUGAAAUAGCUGUUUUAGACUUAUGAUUAUAAUCAAAAUAAUUAAAUAGACCAAGGAGAGUUUAUAAAUAUUAUUAGAGAUAUAAGUAAAAAAGAUGAACUUUUAACUAUAUUUAAAUAAUAUUGUUAAAGCUAUAACCAAUAAGUCAGUUUAGAUUAAGAAGGUUUAAUGACUAUAGAAGAGUAUUAGCUUUUUCUGUAAGAACAGUAAAAAUAAAAUGUGCCUAUUCAUGAAUUACUAGAACUAUUUAGAAAUAUAAAUAACGUGCAAAUAAAUGUAAUUGAAUCAGCAAAAACUUCAAAAGAUUUAAAGAUUUCAUUUUAUCAGUUCUCUAAUUUGAUAUUUACUUAAGAAAAUAGUGUCUUGGACAUUAAACACUAAGAAGUUCAUUAAAAUAUGAAUUUACCUUUGUCAGAUUACUUUAUCAAUUCUUCUCAUAAUACUUACUUAAUGGCAAAUUAAUUGACAGGUGAUUCUUCAUGCUAGGCAUAUAUAAAUGCAUUUUUAAGAGGAUGUCGCUGUGUAGAAUUAGAUUGUUGGGAUGGAGAAAAUAAUGAACCUUUAGUUUAUCAUGGACAUACACUGACAUCUAGAAUUCUAUUUAAAGAUGUAUUAUAAACUAUUGAGAAGUAUGCUUUCAUGACUUCCCCAUUUCCAGUUAUUUUAUCUUUUGAAAAUCACUGCUCAGUAGAGCAGAGCAAAAAAAUAGCUUACUACUUGAAAACAAUAUUUAAAGACAAACUCUUUACAGUACCUAAAGAUUAUGAAAAGAAUAUUUACUUUAAGUCACCUAAUGAGUUGAAGGGGAAAAUAAUUGUGAAAAGUAAAGGUAAAGUAGAAUAGGUUAUAAGUUAACAGGAAAUACAUGAAUGUCACAGUAGCGAAUCUGACGAAGAAGAAGGAUAGAGCAAAACGGAUAUUUAAUUAAUUGAUAAUUAAAUUAUCCCUGAUUAUUCAGAGAUACAUCAGAAAACUUAAAAAACUUAAGGCAAAAAAGUGACAAUAUUUAUGCAAAAAAAUAAAGAAGAGUAAACUCAAAUAUUACAUGAAAAAAUGUCAAGAUAAGGAAUGUCUCCUUGCCAAAGUCGUGAAUAAAGUUUUAUUAAUAAUGACCACCAAAAAACAAAUUAAAACAAUCAUAUGAAGCAUCCCUCCAAUUUUUAAGUACUUUGGGAAAAAUAAGAGAGAAAUGAUGACUAUCAUAAUGUGCACAAAGAUGAAGAUAAUUAUUCUGAAUCUUCUAAUAUCAUCUUAAGGGCAUCAAAAGAAUAGUUUACUUAAAGACCUAACUUGAUUUCAAAGCAUACUUAUCAAGUUCAAAAAACUAAUGGAGAUACAUAAUCUAUUGGUGAAAUACCAGCAAACGUUGAACAAAAAGGAGAAUCCUUAGAAAAACUGAUAAAUUUGUCAUAAUUAGAAAUAUUUAAUGAAAAGAUUAAGAAUGGUUUUGCACAAAAAGAAAAUAACGGUGAAAUAGCUCAACAACCAUAAAAAAAAAUUUUGAAUACUAAUCCUGAUUAGAUUUCUGAUACAAACAUUAAAGAGCAAUCUGAUAAAAAAAAUAAAAAAUCUAAAAAACAAAAACCAUCCAAAAUUUGCAAAGAACUGCUGGAAAUCACUUCAAUGUUUGGGUGUAAAAUGGAUUUAAAAGAUGUUAAUAGACAAUGCUGGUAUAUAAGUUCAAUAAGUGAAGUUAAGUAUCUUAAGCUUAUUAAAAAAUGCCCUGGAGUACUAAUUUAAAUGUUUAAAAAAUCAUUUAUAAGAUUGUAUCCAGGAGGAAUGAGAGUUGAUUCAUCAAAUUACGAUCCUAUUAAAGGUUUCUUAAGUGGAGCUUAGAUUGUAGCUCUUAACUUUUAAACUCCUGAUUUGCCUAUGGUUUUCAACCUUUCAAAGUUUUAAGAAAAUGGUGGAAUACAUUCUGGGUAUGUACUAAAGCCAAAUUAUAUGCUUCACCAUUCGAAAAAAGACUAUAUUCCUACAUUGAUGACAAAGACAGUAAAAGUUGUCCGCAUCCAAAUUAUAAGCGGCCAGUAGCUAAGACCUGAAGAUUAUGAGCAAGAUACUUUUGAUGUUGUUGAUCCUUAUGUUUAAGUUUUUGUGAAAGGAACUGAUUUUGAUGAGAACAAUAACAAACCCUGUGUGACAGAUGUGGUUUAUGAUAAUGGAUUUCAUCCUAUAUGGAAUUCUCAUGUUUUUGAAUUUAGAUUUGCAUGUCCUGAGCUUGCAAUGAUAGUUUUUAGAGUUAUGGACAGUGAUGUUGGUAUAGACACCCAAUUAGGCAUUUAUGCAAUAUCUGUAGAUUGUAUGCGUCCUGGAUAUAGAAUGAUUCCUUUAAGAUCUAAAUCAAAUCUAGAAUUAAUAGACCAUAGCUUCAUAUUAGCAAAAAUAGAAAUAGAAGAAAUUAUAUAAAGGUACACUAUCUAAUGA